AUGAAAUCUGCUUCACACUCUCCUCAAACUGGCCCCUACCGCAGAAGGCCCCGAAAGGUCAAUGAUCAUGCUUUGGACAUGAUGGCUAAGGAAAUGUCUCAGCAAGUGCAUUCGGAAUAUGGCCAAGACAUUAUUGCUCAUAUGGACAAGAUGCAGCGUCUAACAGCAGCAGACGCCGGUUUAAUGGACCUGCAGCCCGAGAUCGAAUGGCAUAUGCGUCCUUUUCUUCUCGACUUUCUCAUUGACACACAUGUCGCGCUACGGCUUCAACCACAGACUCUGUUUCUGGCCAUCAACUUGAUUGAUCGUUACUGUUCAAUGCGUGUGGUCUACAGAAAACACUAUCAAUUGGUAGGAUGUACUGCUCUGUGGAUUGCUGCUAAAUAUGAAGAUAAAAAGAGUAGAAUCCCUACUAUCAAUGAUCUGACGAAUAUGUGCUGUAAGGCUUAUGAAGGAGAUAUGUUUGUUCAGAUGGAAGGCCAUGUUCUCAACACUCUCAAUUGGACCAUUGGCCAUCCCACUGUCCAAUCAUACCUCGAUGUAUUAGUGGCUUCCGAGUCUACCAGUCCUACUGUUCGCCAUGUAGCUCAGUACCUGUGUGAGAUCAGUCUGUACCACCGUGCAUUCAUUUCCCUGACUCCUUCAGCCAUCGCGUCUGCUGCAUUCAACCUCGCCAAACAUCUUCUCACUGCCAACGACCAUGCUCCAUUCCCUGUGUACCUGUCUAGCGAGGAGAACCAGACCAUGUCACUGCUUUACCAACACAUGAACUCGCCAUCCAAGAGUCUUCACAGAAAGUACUCGAGCUCGACCCUAUCACAAGCCACCCACCUGGUCUCGAGUUUCCUGGCCCGCCAACAACGAGCCUCGCUUCGCAUGCCACCCACUCCACCACCCUCAUCGCUCCUCACAAACCUCACCCCACCCUCGCUGUCAUCCUCAGUCUCCUCAGCCACCAACUCACCCGGCGAGUCCCCCAUCUACGCUACCACGGCCCGCAUCAUCCCCCAACACUCCAAGACCAUGCAUAUAAAAAUCCCCGCCCCCUUCAAAUCUGAGGGCUAUCUGACCCCACCGUGCACGCCGGACGACAUCAACGGGCCCCUCAACAACCGUUCUAAUAGCAUCGCAUCCGUGGCCUCUGCUGCCUCAUACCACCACAACUCGGCCUUCACCUCGGUGCCCAUGGAGUACACCCAGUCCAUGGAGACCUAA